AUGCAUCUAUCAGACAGCCAGCUCCGGAUUAUUUUGUUGCGGUUGGGGAUCAUCAGUGAUGAUAGCUUUAAGUUGAAGGUGCCGGUUGCACACAUAGAGUCACCCUAUGGAGCCAAUUUCAUGAUUGAAAAGAUAGCUGGCUUGGACGUUGAAACCGCUUUGACAAUACUCCGAGACACCAUCGCCAGUCACCGUGGAGAUGUGAAUUUUUUACACGAAGACUACCGAUUACUUGAGCGGCUCGUGAGGCAAGUACCCACAGACUAUGGUGACGACCAUAUAAAUAACCCCCAAGAAGCUGAGAAAAUCCAGGAGGAUCUCGAGGAGAAAAUAGACUACUCCACGUUCAAGAACAAAACCUAUCUCAACAUCAUAGAUUGGGAGUUACAAGUACGGUUGGAGGCUGCUUUGAUAGAAUUUCAUUCCCCCUAUCCAGAAAUCAGGUCCAUCACCGAUCCCUUUGAUGAUCCCACCAUCCCUGUCGACACUUUGAGAGCAUAUGCUAUUGGGUUGUUCUGGACGGUUAUUGGGUCUAUUGUCAACAAUUUCUUUGUUCACCGAAUGCCUUCCAUCUCCCUUAGUUCACACACCAUUCAAUUAUUAUUACUACCAAGCGGAAGACUAUGGGAAAAGUCGUUUGUGUAUAACAAACAGGUGCAUGUGCUUGGGCGAGUAGUCAACUUGAAUCCGGGGCCAUGGAAUUGCAAGGAAAUGAUGUUGAGUUCUAUCAUCUAUCUGUGCUCAUCAGGGACACCUUACGCCAUUUAUAACAUUUUUGUCAUGAAGUUGGAUAAAUUCUAUGGUCUCAAGUGGGUGACCCUUACAUUCCAGCUCUUGCUUGUUCUCUCUACCCAAUUCUUGGGGUUUGGAUUUGCUGGUAUAAUGAGGAAAAUCUGUAUUUAUCCGGCAAAAGCAUUAUGGCCCACUGUAUUACCAUUGAUAGCAUUGAACAGAGCCUUGGUAGACCAGGAAGAAAGCAAGCAGUCCAUUUAUGGCUGGAGUAUCUCUCGAUACUCAUUCUUUUUCGUGGUAUUCAUUGUCAGUUUCUUCUACAAUUGGUUACCCUCGUUCUUCUUUAAGGCAUUAUCCACCUUCAACUGGCCAACAUGGUUCAGGCCAGAUCUGUUGCAUUUAGCUAAUAUAACCGGCUCCAAUAUCGGCUUGGGAUUGAAUCCUUUACCAACACUUGACUGGAAUGUCCUCAAUGCAGCUGGCUGUUUGACAAUCCCAUUCUACACCUAUUUAAACCAGUACAUUGGUACCGUAUUGGCAUUUUUCGUGAUUCUCACCAUUUACUACACCAACAACAAAUGGACGGGGUACUUGCCAAUCAAUACCAAUGAGCUUUUCAACAAUAAAGGUGAAGUCUACAAAGUCCAUGAAAUUCUAAAUGACAAAAACCACUUUGACAAGGGAAAGUACCUGGAAAUUGGUCCACCUUAUUUUAGUGCUGCCAACUUGGUAGUAUACGGUGCUUACUUUGCCCUCUAUCCGUUUGCUAUUAUAUAUCAUGUUGUCAGUGAAUGGGACUCGAUGAAAACCAGCUUCAAAAACGUUGCAAACACCAUGUACGAAUCGUUUUCAUUCAAAUCUAAAAGCGUUUAUGGGCUGUUUAUCAAAGACCCUCAUUGCAGAAUGAUGUCCAAAUAUGAUGAGGUCCCAGACUGGUGGUUCAUGGCGAUUCUUGUCAUUAGUACUCUUUUUGGAAUCUUGUGUGUUUUGGUGUAUCCUACAGAAACCCCAGUCUGGGGGAUAUUGUUUACCAUUGCCAUAAACUUUGUGUUCCUUAUCCCCAUCACGGCUAUUGCUUCUGUAACGGGAUUCUCGUUUGGCUUGAAUGUGUUGGUAGAGUUGAUUGUGGGGUACGCCAUUCCCAACUCAGGUCUUGCAUUAAUAACUUUAAAGAGUUAUGGAACCAACAUCGACCAUCAAGCUGCGAACUAUAUCACCGACCAGAAGGUUGCACAUUAUGCCAAGAUCCCUCCUAGAGCCAUUUUCAAGGGUCAAAUGAUUUCCACGGUUGUAAGCAUCGCCAUCUCUUUGGCAAUAGCUAAUUGGCAAUUGGGCAACGUCGAAGACCUCUGUGAAAGGCACCAAAAGAAUAAAUUGAGCUGUCCUGGAGCCAACACAUAUUUCUACUCUAGCAUUCAAUACGGAGUAAUUGGCCCUGCCAAGGUAUUUAGUGGAGUUUAUCCGGUGUUGAAAUGGUGUUUCUUGUUAGGAGUUGUUCUUGUUAUUCCUUGCAUUUUAUUCAAGCAUUACGGACCCCGGAAGCUCACCAGGUACUUCAAUCCAACUGUGGUGAUUGGUGGUUUCUUAUUAUAUGCUCCGUUCAAUCUUCUGUAUUAUACUGGAGGAUUUUACUUGUCAUACAUCUUCAUGUACUAUAUCAAGAAAAACUACAUUUUAUGGUGGGAAAAAUACAACUAUAUUCUUACCAGUGCGUUGUCGGCUGGGGUGGCAUUUAGUACAUUGCUUAUAUUUUUCACCGUGAGAUACGAUUCAAUCGAAAUCAAUUGGUGGGGCAAUACCAUCUCGGACAUGGGAAUCGAAGGCGAUAAGUUGCCUCUUAACUGGCUCGACAUUCUGACAGCACCAGAUGGAUACUUUGGUCUCCGUAAGGACCAAUUUCCAUAACUUCAUAUAAUGUACCUGAUGUUUGCAGCCAAA